UGCAUUUUAUCAAUGGAGUGAAGACGUUUGUUGUGAAUUUUGUUUCCUAUUAUUUCGCCUUCCGUCAUUUAAAAAUCGGUGUAAUGUAAAUAAACUAAUUUGAAUAAAUCUUUUUACUUUACAAGUAGGUAGAGUUAGUGAGAUUUUUCAUAGAGUUUAGAUGUAGAAAUAGUAGGAUGUUACUGGAACGUAUAUUGGUGCCUCUGUUCUGCCUUGGAAUAGAAGUGUUUGGGCGCGUACUUGGCGAGGAAGUGGAAAUUCGUCAGGUAGCAUCAGACAAGGGUACAAUAAAUGUGACAAUUCCUUGUGGAACCGAGCCCCUUUCGCCGGCAGUCAACGUCCAGUGGGUUCACAGAGGCAACCGCACACACCACGAAAUACUGGUGGACGGCAGCUUGCUCCUGCCCCAAGUGGGCGUGGAAGACGAGGGCCUGUAUGAGUGCGGUGUGGAAAACGAGACUUCCUUCGUUGAUAGAGUUAACGUCACUGUCAGAACGGAGCCUCCCCCGUUAGUGAAUGUGACGGUCCACGCGUCUACUAUCCUCGCCAUCAUCCUGUGGAACGUGGCCGGUGACGGUGGACAUCCGAUCAUAGACUUCACGGCGCAGUACCGCUCCGCGAUGCCCGUCAACGGGAGCCUGGAGGCGUGGAGGCCGAUCAGCCCGAACCAUAUCAGCCCUAAUUCGCGGCAGAUAGACGUGUAUCACCUAGAACCGAACGCGUCAUACUGGUUCCGAGUGUGGGCCAACAACGUACUUGGCCCGGGGCCGCCCGUGGAGGUGCUCGCCACUACGCUCUUCAGCGAUCAGGAGGCUGAGCUCUACAAGCACUUCCUGGAAGGCGCGGAGACGUUCGACACGCGCACCUGGGUGGCCGCCGUGUGCGUCGUCAUGGGCACUCUGGCCGUGCUCGCGGCGGGCACGUGCGCGGUGCUCUGCCGCGAGUGGAGGCGCUCAGAAUUUACUGAGGAGCCAGAUGUCAUAGAGCUAGUUCCUAACAUCAUACUGAACCCCGGCUUCAUGGAGACCGACCCCGUGCCCAGGGAGGGGCGUGGGGCAUUCAUCAAGUCGGCGGAAUGCCCCGGCCCCGGGAAACCGAGGCGAGUUUGAUUCGCGUCCAUACUCAACCUUAGGAUAUUCUAUCUCAGCGAUCCUGGCCUAUUGUCAUGAUCCGAGAACGAUGGGAGAAAUUCAGGAUUUUCAAUGCCCUUUGCGAGCGAUGCUACUUUCUAUUAUGUCGUUUAUUUGAAAAUGUUUAAGAAAUUAUUUGGUUUCUCAUUUUUAUGUUAUAAGCAUUGCUUAUCGAAGUUAUUGAAUAAGGAGUUUUAUGUCCAAAAAGCAUUUGGCAAGGGUAAAAAUGGACAUAUCAGAAUGUAAUGUGGUGGGGAUAGAAUAUCCUAAAGAUUGACGAUUUUUUGGAAAUUUAAAUAACUUUAAUACAUUUCGAGUCGUUUUUUAAAAUGUCGUAUUAUACUAUUUCACGAUACACAGGGAUGUCUAAAAUUUGUCUACCUAUAAACGUUUUAAUGUCAAUCAAAUAUUCAGUCAAUUAUUUUUCGAUAUAGCAACACUUGGCAUAUUUAAAAAACAACUCGAAUGGGCUUAGCUUGUAAAACUGAGAGAGAACUUAGCAUAAGUUUAAGUAUUGGGGCUGCCAUAUAUAUUAGAAGAUUGCAACUUGUUAUGAAUACGUACAAUCCAGCUUUUCGACGAUGGCAACCCUGGCACGAGGUUUUUUAGUGAUAUUGCUUACCGUUCGCAAUAAAUUGUUAAUGUUGCUAGCUGUGUACAUAUAUAGUAAUACUUGUGUUAUGGAUUUACAAGUGUUUAUGGAUCUCAAAUGAAUGGAUUGAUAUGAUGAUUUAUUGUGAUUUUUUACUGUGAUUAUUUUCCUUCCAAAUAUUAUUGCAGUUUUAUUUUAAUAAUAAUAUACGAUAUGCUUAUAUAUUUUUGUAUUCGUGUCAUUGUUGCUUAUGAUGUUAAAAUGUAAGUAGAAUUUAAUGUGAACGAAUGACCGAGUAACCACAGCUUAUAUAUGUCCCGCGACCAGAGACAAUAUGAUGAAAAUGUUGCAAGUAGUGAAGAUAAAAUGUGCUCACAAGUUAAAUUUUAAAAUGUAUGAUAUCAUGAGACAUAUUUGUGCAUUCAAUAGUAUAAAAUUGUAAUAUUAUAUAAAGUGGUUGUUAUUAAUUGGUAGAGCAUUAUUUUUGUACACGUCAUAAGCAUAUCACAAGCGCCUUAGAAUAAAGAAUAUAAAAUAUAUCAAAUUUUAACCCUGUCCAUUAAAAAUUGCCCGCUGUUUGCUAAAUUAAACCACUUCAUAUCGAGGAUUUUUCCCAAUCAUAAAUAAUGAAGCAAUAUAAAUAUUUAAUUUGGUGAACAGUGCUGGUGUUUUUCAUAAUCUUGCUGGCUUUGUAUUAACUUAAAUGAUAUUAUUCUGGUCAUACUACACUACACUAUACCUUCUAUGCGUGUCACAAAACAAUUCCUAGCUAUGUUUAUUAAAUACUCUCCUAGUGCGCCAUUAAACGCACAGUCUUAUAUAAACCCUUGUAUACUACAUGCUACUCUCUUCUAUGAUAUUUGAAUUUAGAAUUAAGAAUUUCCUUUAGCUUUUUUUAUAAAAUAUAUUUAAUUAUCUGUGCAAAUUCUGUCCCUAAACUUUAAACCAUUCUAUUGUCUCUGUUUAUAGUUCCAUUAUUAAAAAAGGCCAGUCAAUUUCUAUCGUACACCUCAUAACGGAAUAGUAAAAAAGUUUUAACCGUAAUUAACUUAUUUUUGUAUGAGCGUAAUAAGAUAUCAAAUGAAGCGUUGUUAAUUGUAACUAAUUUGGAGAUAAGUGCUUUUAUAGGAGUUAGAUUUAAGCGGUUUAUCAGUGAAAUGUUGGGUACUGGUAGUGUUUAAUCUCGAAUUUUUGACGCAGGCAAUCUUUACAAGCGAUGCUAUCUGGAUUGAAUUAAUAAAAUAAAAAUAUUUAUUACUAUUCGUUUUUUUAAUGAAUAUUUUUUCCACGUAUACAAAAAUAUAUCAUGAAUAUAGUGUGUAAUGGUUUUGUUUGUUUAUUUCAUUGUUUAUACAAACUUUUAGGCCGUAAUUUUUCGUCAUUGGUGAGUUUAAUAGCAAGCUUGUAACGUCAAUGCCUCAGUCGAUAUAAAAUUUGACGCGAAAACAAUACUAGAUAAAAGUUAAAGAUAUAUCGUUAAUAGAUUUAGGUGUUUUCGCUAGAUCUAGAUGCACUUAGGAUAGCCCGAGAAUCAAGACUGGGUCGAUGGGAGGUUUUAUAGGCGACAAUAUAUUGUGGGCUGCUAAAUUGUUUUUGUAACUGGCAACCGUGAUCGAGUAUUGUGUUGUUAUCAGUAGUUAUAAAUACGCAGUGUAAACGGUAAAAUUGUUGUAGUUGCAUUCCUAUUGUUAACUGAUAUUUAUAAAUUAUUAUACUGUGGUCUGAUGCUAAAAAGAAUCAUUUUCAUCGUAAAAAUUUGAAUAGUGGUUAGAAAUUAGAGAUAUGUUUCACCUUAAUGUUAAAACAAUUUAAAAGACGUACUUGCUCCUGCUAAUUUGUGUGAAUGUUGCAAUAUUUUUCUUGACUACCGGUCCUUUUUAGUUUCAGACUUCAGUACAUAACGAAUAUUAUUGUAUUAAGACCAGUUUACAGGUUGCAUGGAAAUAACUUUGCACGGUGGCUGCGGCUUGGUAGUGGCACAUGGCAAUGGUAGCUUUUUAGUACUCUGUAUUUUUUACCGCUUUAUAAAAAGGUAAGUUUUAGUAUUUUCUUACACCUACAGUGUUCGUAGCUGCUGUAAAAUUGUGUCAUGCAUAACAUGUCCUAGAAAUAUCCCUUUUUCUUCGUGUUCUUCACAAAUCAAUUCAUCUUGUUCAAACGUCGUUUGUUGUCUAUGGUUCUACAGUAAGUACAUUUUCUAUGGAAUUUGGAAAACGCACAUAGAAAACUUCAAUAUAGCGUUGUUAAAUAAUUUUAUAAAAAAUUUUUCUUUCUUUAUUCAAAACUUAUUCGUUUUGAGUUUAUAUGUGGUAUUUUUCAAUUACACAUUUGAAUGUGUAAGUUUAAAAGGUUUCAGUUCGGACAAUUAUUUCUAAGCUCAUAUCAGAUACGUCAUUUUCAUAUAAAGAUUUUUACUACGUCUGUCAUUCGUAUACUACAUACGGGCGGACGUAAGACCACCUCUGUAAAAGAACAAGAAACAGAAUUCCACCACACACGAAAAACAUGCAUAGACAAGAAAUCUUUUCACCUCUCUAUGAGUGUAUUUGAGGACUUAAAUAAAACCAGUUUGACUUUUAAGUAAAACGGUUUAUUCAUUUGUCUGAUGUAUCCCAAUUAAACGAAUCGAUGUCACGUUAUUUUGUCUCAUGUCGUAAUGUAAUAGUUAUAAGCAAUCCACCAUUUAGUUAAAUACGUGUGGCUUUUUAUGUUAGUUAAUCUUGCACGGAUGUUGUGUUAAAUAUUUUUCUCUUUAUAUAUUAUAUUCAGUGAUACCUUCGCUGUGAUUUUAUGGUACAUAAUUAUAAUAACUAUUACGUUUAAUUAUUGCAUGAAAGCAUAGACAACAGAGGCGCAACAUUUUCUUUAUAUGGCAAUAAAUGUUUUCGUUUGCCAUUUAAUAAGAAUAUCACAGUUCAAUGUUGCUAGCCUAUAAUUGUAUUUUAAGUUAGAAAUAAGAGAAGUGACUAAUCGAGAAAAAUAAUUAAAAACCACUAAAAGUUUAUAAUUAAUUUCAUUGUUUCAACUCGCAUCUCUUAUAAGACUUUAAUUUUUUCAAUUAUUGAUUUUCGCAUAUUGAAAUAGAAGGCUGUCUUAUUUGAUAAGCCAGAUCUUUGAACGUCUCCCCUAUGAGCAUUUCAAUGUUCAUAACACAUUCCGUUGAAGUUUGUAUCCACUAAAUAAUUAUAAUCAGCUAGUUUAUUCACCAAAUCUCAAUUAUAACUAUUUUACUUUAUAUUAAAGUAAUAUUUUAGGUUAAGAUCGCCUUUUAUAAGCACGUCCAUGAUAUAGGGCAGCGAAUGUAUGUUAUUUUGCCUAUAUAUAACUUAUUCUUAAGGCUAUGUUACCAAAUUAUUCAAUUAAUUGGCAAUAUUUUUCUAUAAGUAAAUAUAAGGUUAGCUUUAUUCGGACCGGACGAGAAAGGCAGAAUAGUUAUUUGUCGGAGCCUACUUUAGAAAAAAAUAUUUCGUCUAUGGUCACAUUGUGUUCGAAAUAUGAAAAGUUUGGCGGUUAAUGUUGAUGUGAAGUAGACUGACCAACUUUUAAUUUUCUGUCUUCCUGAUUCGGGUCAUCCUAAUAGAUAUAAGCUUUACAAAAUAUCAUUUUAAGAAACAAACGCGAGAUUAGACAACAAAAAGCGCUUUAAGUGUUCUAUCAAUGUUGAAUAGUAUUGAUCACCAUCCCAUAAAAGGCUCGCCAUAGACAAUUUUCGAAAUAGGCAAAAUGUUCUGAAGUUAAUGUAUUCCACUUUUUUUCCCCUAUAAAUGGUUCAAAUAUUAUGAUAAAACAAAAAUAAAUCGGUAAUCGGUACAUAAUAUCGUCUACUUGACAUACCCCUUUCGUACAGACGAAAGUUGUCUAUGGUGUUUUGAAAAAUAACCAACAAAUGACAAUUUAAAGCAGGGCUUCGUUUAUACUUUAAUUUUUUUUUUUAAUUUCGGCACAUUCCUUUAAACGAGAGUGAUUUUAUAUAGCUGUUUCACUCUAAUCCGUUAAAGUGGGCACUCGAAGAUAUAUUCGUCCUGCUUACUUGUAAAAUUGUAAAAUAACUAAGAAUCUCAUUGGAUCCCAAAUGAAAUGUGCAAUACUACUUGUAUGUAUCUUUUAAUUAUACGUUGAAAAAUUGAGUUGAAUUUAUCUAAACCUUUUUAUAUUACAAAAAUUAUAAUUGUUUACGAUGUUUUGGUUACUUGUAACAUAAUAUGUUAGGUAUUAAGUUAAAACCUAAAUUUAUAUGCUGUAACAAAUACAAAAUACGUCAUGUAGAUAUUAAAUUAAUAUUUUGAAACCAUUUCUCAAUUAAAAUCUUGUUUUAGAAAUUAAUUUAUUUUUAAAUAUUCUUCAUGACAAAACUAUGCACUCUUUGUUCUUAUUUCAAAUUCUAGAGUUACCAUUAUUAUUUUUGCACGAACUUUUGGUAUAAUUUUAUAGGUACACUAUGGCGUAUUUCGUAUGAAGUUGUUUUGUUUAAUUGUUGUACAACAUUUAUGUAAUCAAAGCGAAUAUUACUGAAGUACAAUGCAGUUAAACAGUUGUUGUGAUGUUGGAAGCCAUUCCCAUUAAAACUACUUUUUACACAGACA